GUGUGUUAAUUUAGUUGAGAGAUAUUUUGUUUGUGUGAAGAAAAAGGCAAGCGAAAUUAAUGGUCAAUCAGCGACUCCCCCGCAUGAAUGACACCGGCUUCACGGAUUUCAUGCAGCCGUCACUCUCUCACAGUCUCUGUUUUUUCGUUUCCCAUCCUUUGGUCUCUCUUUCUUUCUUUUUUCCAUUUCCCUUAACCCAUCCCAUCACAUCCACCAUAUCCAAUAUUUUAUUAUUCCUUAUCAAAACUCUACCCCACCCCCCGCCAAAUCACACACCAUCAAUCUUUGAUUAUUAUUAUAUAUAACUCUUCAUCCCUUCACAAUUUCACUUCUCAUCUUUUUCUUCCUUUCUUUAUUCCUCCUUCAUGCUCUGCUGCAACACAAUGCCGAGAUAGCAAUUCUCUCUCAGAUCUAUUUCUUUCUCAUUAGGUCUAAUCUAUCUGUGAAAAAUUCCACCAUCUGAUAAGUGACAACAUGGCUCAAGCGAAAUAUACUAGAAUAGACAGUAAACGGUCUUCAACGAGUUACUGUUCAACGGUGACUAUUGUUGUUUUUGUUGCUCUAUGUUUGGUUGGGCUAUGGAUGAUGACAUCGUCUGUAGUUCCCGUGCAAAAUGUAGAUGAGUCUCAGGAGACUAAGAAUGAGGUGAAAGAACAGAGUGAGCAGAGCCAGGUGAAGGAACAGCCAACUGACACCACUAGCAGCGACACAACUAACAGUGACACCACUGAUAGCAAUGCGCAGCAGUUUGAAGAUAAGCAAGGAGAUUUGCCUGAGGAUGCAAAAAAGGAGGAUAGCAGUGUCACUUCUGUCACACCAGAUAAACAGGAAGAGAAAUUGGAUCAAAAGCCUGAAUUUAAGUCUCCUGAAGAUACCAAGAUGCAGUAUACUACUGAUUCAAAUCAGAACGAGAGGAAAUCUGAUUCGGAUGAGAGCAAUAACCAAUCUGGUUCUGAUGAGGACAACAAGAAAUCUGAUUCUGAUGAGAGCGAGAAGAAGUCUGAUUCCGUUGAGAGCGAGAAGAAGUCUGAUUCUGAUGAGAGCGAGAAGAAAACGGAUUCCAAUGAGAGCGAAAAACAAUCUGAAUCAAAUAAUAAUAAUGAACAAUCUGAUUCAAAUGAUAAUGGAUCUGCUUCAGAUGAAAGUAAAAAUAAAACCGAUGACUCGAGUGAAACAACUGAUAAUAAGACUGAAGAAAAGGUAGAUCAAAGUGGUAACCAAGGGUCUGAUGAAAGCUCUAAUGAGAAGAAAACUGAUGAAAAUACCAACAACCAGGGCUCUAAUGAGGUAUUCCCUUCUGGGGCCCAGACAGAGCUUCUGAAUGAAAAUACAACUCAAAAUGGUUCUUUUUCAACUCAGGCAGCAGAGUCAAAGACUGAAACUGAGUCUCAAAAAUCCUCCAAACAAUCUUCCAGGUUCAGUUGGAAACUCUGCAAUGUCACUGCUGGCCCUGACUACAUUCCAUGCCUUGACAACUUGAAGGCCAUUCAGAACCUUAAAAGUACUAAACACUAUGAACACAGAGAAAGGCAAUGUCCUCAAGAUCCUCCUACUUGCCUUGUCCCUCUUCCUGAAGGAUACAAACGUCCAAUUGAAUGGCCCAAAAGCAGAGAGAAGAUAUGGUAUUCCAACGUACCACACACUAGGCUUGCUGAAUAUAAGGGACACCAGAAUUGGGUGAAAGUUACAGGCGAGUACCUUACUUUUCCUGGUGGUGGAACCCAAUUCAAACACGGCGCGCUUCAUUACAUUGACACUAUUCAAGAGUCUGUACCUGAUAUUGCUUGGGGCAAACAAACACGUGUGAUAUUAGAUGUUGGAUGUGGUGUUGCUAGCUUUGGUGGCUUUCUCUUUGAAAGAGAUGUACUUGCAAUGUCAUUUGCACCAAAAGAUGAACAUGAAGCACAGGUACAAUUUGCACUUGAAAGGGGAAUUCCUGCUAUAUCUGCUGUGAUGGGCACAAAGAGGCUUCCCUUCCCUGCUAGAGUAUUUGAUGCAGUCCAUUGCGCACGCUGUAGAGUUCCAUGGCAUAUAGAAGGUGGCAAACUUCUCUUGGAGCUGAAUAGAGUAUUGCGACCUGGUGGUUUCUUUGUAUGGUCGGCUACUCCUAUUUAUCAGAAGCUUGCUGAAGAUGUAGAAAUAUGGAAUGAAAUGAAGGCACUAACAAAAGCAAUGUGCUGGAAAGUGGUGAAUAUCAGCAAGGAUAAACUUAAUGGAGUUGGUAUAGCUGUAUACCAGAAGCCAACUUCUAAUGAGUGUUAUGAGCAACGUUCCAAGAAUGAGCCUCCUUUAUGUCAAGACUCUGAUGAUUCUAAUGCUGCGUGGAACGUUCCGUUGCAAUCUUGCAUGCACAAAGCGCCAGUGAGUUCCACAGAACGUGGGUCACAAUGGCCAGAGCAGUGGUCAGCAAGACUGGGCAAAUCACCUUACUGGUUAUCAAAUUCUGAAGUUGGAGUUUAUGGAAAGCCUGCUCCUGAAGAUUUUACAGCUGAUUAUGAACACUGGAAACGUGUAGUGUCCAAGUCUUAUCUAAAUGGGUUGGGCAUUCAGUGGUCCAAUGUGCGCAAUGUCAUGGACAUGAGAUCAGUUUAUGGAGGGUUUGCAGCAGCUUUGAGGGAUUUGAAUAUUUGGGUAAUGAAUGUGGUUCCUGUAGACUCACCAGACACACUUCCUAUUAUUUUUGAGCGAGGUCUGUUUGGCAUAUACCACGAUUGGUGUGAAUCAUUUAGCACAUAUCCCAGGUCCUAUGAUCUACUUCAUGCAGAUCAUCUGUUUUCAAAGCUUAAGAAAAGGUGCAAGUUUGAAGCUGUAGUGGCUGAAGUUGAUAGGAUUCUCAGGCCCGAGGGAAAACUUAUCGUCCGAGACACUGCCGAGAUCAUUAACGAGCUUGAGAGCUUGGUGAAGUCUAUGAAGUGGGAAGUUCGCAUGACUUAUUCUAAAGAUUCAGAGGGCUUUUUAUGUGUCCAGAAGUCUAUGUGGCGGCCUACAGAAUUGGAGACAGUAGAGUAUGCUAUUGCUUAAGCAUGGAUGAGAUGCCAACAAGAGUUAGAUGAUUUUUGGGUUUUGGUUGCUCAAAAUUCUUGUGUAAGCGUGUUUCCACCAUUAUUCAUGUAUCGAUAAAUUAGGCAUUUAUUUUUUUCUUCUUUAUUAUUUCCCUUGGGUAAUUUAUUUUGAUCUCCACUGUUUGGAGGCUUGUUUGCUUUGCUGUAAAAUGGUGCCAUAGUUAAGGAAUUCUUAUCACAUUCUUGCAAUUGUAGAGGCUUUGGAUAAUGGAUAGUUGAGAUUCUGGAAAGCUAUAGUGAGUUGUCCACCAAAAUUUGGUAUUAA